AUGCUGCAAACGCAAAAAAAACCAACAGAGGGAAUAGAUUUGGAAUAUCGUCGAUUUAUGACGUAUCGAGAAAAUAUGAAAAAAAUUGAUGAACACAACAGACGCUACGAACUAGGAGAAGAAACGUAUGAGAUGGGCAUCAACAAGUUCACGGACUAUCAACCCGAAGAGCUUAGCAAACUUCAUGGAUUUCGAUUAGACAAGUUAGAUAAACGUGAUCCAAAACAUGUAGCCAAACUUCAAUCGAAUCGCUUUAUUCCAAAUGAAAUUGACUGGCGCAAGUUGGGAGCUGUGACUGAAGUCAAAGAUCAGGGAAACUGUAGAAGUUGCUGGGCUUUCAGCGCAGUUGCAGCGCUGGAAGGGCAACAUUUUUUGCGGACAGGAAAUUUGGUUUCUCUUUCGGAGCAAAAUAUUCUUGAUUGCAGUGGUGAAAAAUAUGGUAAUUAUGGAUGCGAUGGUGGCCUUAUGAUGAAUGCAUUUGAAUAUGUGAUAGAUAAUAAUGGUGUAGACAUUGCAAGCAGAUAUCCAUAUUUAGCCUUUCAAAAUAGAUGUAAAUAUUCAAAUCUAACCCGUGGGUCAAGCGCUUUUGGCAGAAAAUUACUGCCCUAUGGCGAUGAAGAAAUAAUGAAAAUGGCUGUAGCAUUAAUUGGCCCAAUUUCAGCAGCUUUUAAUGCAGAUAAGGUGGUAUCAUAUUCUAAAGGUAUUUUCUCUGAUGAAAACUGUUCAAAAGUUAUUAAUCAUGGUGUUACUAUUGUUGGUUAUGGUACUGAACAGGUAGAAAUGAAAAAUGGAACUUUGAAACUUGUUGAUUACUGGCUUAUUAAAAACAGUUGGGGCGUAAAUUUUGGAGAGCAAGGCUAUUUACGAAUGGUUCGAAAUAAAAACAUGUGUGGAAUAGCAACCUAUUCGUGCUACCCUUUGGUACAAAAUAUUGAGGUCUGA